AUGGAGGCCGAGAUUGCGCCUACGAACGGCCAGGCCGCAACUCCCGAACACGCAGACCUGUCUGGUAAGGCCAGACACACAUGGCGCACGGCAGUCAAGCUGCGAAAGAUUUUGACCAAGCACCUGGACAAGCUUCCAAAAGACAGCAACUCGGGCGUUGACAUUUCCCAAUUCGAGACGAUUGACACGUUCCUGGAUAAGUUCCGCCUUGCCUGUGUGCAAACCAUAUAUCUCGACUUCGAAUAUGCCGUCGCCGAGCGUACCGACAACACCAUGUGGGCGGUACAUACUAGUAUCAAUAACGAAUACCGACGAACCUUGGGCCGCCUUCGACACCUGACGCAAAACUCGGACAAGCAAAAGACCGAUAAGACGGCCAACGAAAAGCGCAACGGUGAUAAGUCCAAGGGAGACAAACAAACCACCCCAAAACAGAAGAAUGACAAGCGUAAUGUGGAGAAACGCAAGUUUGGCGAUAAGUACCUGGGCUUCCUACACGUCGCUCAGGAGUUUUACAAGGGAUAUGUGCAGCGACUUUCAGCUCGAUACGACAUCCCAGACCUGAAGCGCAUUGCCAAGGGAAUUGAGGUCGACGGAUCUCCCACCAGUGAUGCCAUCAGCCCUGUCCCGGAUCAGACUUAUCCGUUAGUCGUAAACUCUUGCCACUUCACUCUCAUAUGUCUUGGUGACCUGGCACGCUACCAGGUUCAAUCGGGACUGAAGAAGCCAAGCUACAGAAUCGCUUUGGCCUACUACGGUCUCGCACAUGAUCUGAAACCGUAUUCUGGGUUUCCUUUCCAUCAGAUGGGCAUAAUUAGCCUUGAGGAAGGCAAAGAUCUAGAUACCGUUUACUACUUUUACCGGAGUGUUGCAACUGCUGACCCUCACCCCAACGCAAAGCAGAGUCUCGAGUCUAAGUUCAAGACCCUGUUCCAACCGGACAAGAACCCGCCUAAGAAGCAAACUCGUGUACCGAACGAUGCAUUUGCAACCUGGUUCACAAAGCUUCACGCUUCCUACUACAGGGACGAGACCAUGGCAGGCAGUUCCGAACUCGAGAGGGAAGUUCUGCAUCGGCUUGACAUGGCCUCAAAGAACCCCGAAUAUUCCGAGGUUCUAUUUAAAAUGACCCUAAUUAACAUGGCGAGUUAUCAUAUCGCCUCUCAGAAGUAUACUGAGGCCCAGUCGCCAGCAGCAUCCCGAUUCUGCCACCAUACUCUACGCAUCAAUGCGCAGUUUAUCCUCGCAUUUUGCCUAGCCCUCGGUUCUGAGCUCAGUGAUAUCGUUGGGCGUGAAAGCCAUACCUCCGAGGACCCUGCUACUGCCAAAUCGUCUCCUGUUAUUGAGUCGCUUUUGCCUUUGCUGCGCAUCUACGGCAUGUGGCUUGCCGCCCGCCGCCAGGAAAUUUUCGCUGCUGGCCAGGCUCUUGGUGCUGUGCUUCCGGACAUGAUGAAGGCCAUCUCUAGGGUUUUUUCAUUGCUAUGCAACGAUAAGUUCACCCAGGAAGCGCUGGCAUCGUGCCCUUAUCUUCUUGCCGAAGAUGUCGAGACGCAGGGGUUGCUUACUCUCACCGAGGAUAAAGUACCUGAGGCAUGCCGAUACUACUGUUCAGAGAAUGGGGGGCUGAAACCAAGACUAGCAUCCCCAGAGCACCGACUUCGCCCCUUCCAGGAGAUACUGGCCAGAAUCCUGGACAUUCUCCGAUGCGGCUAUUUCCUGGCUGAAGAUGCCUCGUGUCCACUUAGUUACCAAGUUUCUGAGCAAGGUCUCGUCUUUGAACAUACACCACUGUCUGUACAGAACGAGCCAGCUCACCAGCCUAUGUCUAUUGUGAACUCUCCUGCCCGGGAGACAACGAGCAAGACUAAAAUUGCAAACCAUCAGCGCAAGGCCUCUGAAAGCAGGCAGGUAGACAACCGCCCCGCAGUCAACGGAACUGCGAGAAAGUCCUCCACGGCAUCUCCCGAGACUCAAUUUCCUAGGGAAGAGCCUUCCCCUGAUGAUGCCGAUAACACUGUUAUCAACAUGCUCACACCUUUCCUGAGGCCACCUACCCCUGAGAAGGUUCAGUCAAACCAGUCCACUGACGAAUCCUCCUACGGAAUGAACAGUACCACAGCCAACGAAGUGUUUGAAAUGCUUCACGCUGAACCAGCCCCUGCUGGCUCUUUGCCCGAGGGCAAGUUUGCGCCUUUGCCUUGGGCUUGGGUUUACACGCCUACGCCUCACCGAGGCAGUGAUGCUUCCGCUUCAGCAUACAAGGGUGCAUUCGAUGCCCCUGCUAGCCCUAACAUUACUUCGCGGGAGAUACCACGAAACAUCAGCACGUUUGAGGAUCCUUAUACUAACUCUACGCCUCAGCUCCCCCUUAUGCCGAUCCCUCGGGUUACCAGUGGCAUGAUGGCAAGUCCUCGCAUCGCUUCUGCAGCUGAAGAAGCCCAUCGCAACAACCUGCUGCAGACCUUUGGCAGUCCCGGUGCCCCCCGAACCUCUUCGUUGAGCCAAUGGGGCCAGAGCUCAAGCCGUUUCCCCAGCAAUCCGACCCCGCAGUCCUACGCCCAUCGCCAGGUCUCAAAUGGUUAUCCUACAUCACCUGCUAUAUCUGGAUUCUCUCAUCCAAGCAGCCUAUACCAGGGUACUCCUUCCAAUGGGGCGUCUUUUGGCAUGCCAAAUGGAGGUUACAUGGAUAUGAAUCGCUAUGAUCGCAACCGCAGUCAGGAGUCGGUGCCAGCCUCCUCAGGCCGACGUUUCCAGAUGGAUGAGACGACAUCUAGCUACGACGCUGCCAUCCUGCAGGCUGCAUUUUACGGCAACAAGUAG